AUGCCAAGGUGGCCUCUGGUGGAUGGAUACGUCGGCAAGUUUAGAGUCAAUGUCUCGUACAACACGGAACAACAACGCGAAUGCGUUUUCAAUAUAUGUGUUAAAAGCAACAACUUCGUUAUAUGCCCCCGGGGGAGUGGAUAUAGCCUUAUGCACGGAAAGAAAGCGGAGCGGCCGGACAACAGGGCCGCCUCACGGAUAGGCCAAGGAACGAUCCCCGCAUUGGCUCGGAGGGAGAGGCUUACUACGACAUAUCACGGCAAGAAGUCUGUCGAAUGGACACACGCCGUCAUGGAGGCGAAGUCCUACCGCGAUGCGGAGGGCGAGGACAUGAUCGGAUACUGGAGAUAG